UUAUAGGUUAAGAUACGUUUACUAUUGUUGUGCACGUAAUUAACUAUUAUCACUUUUUUUCCCCCGCCAGAGAUGGUAAUGUGGUAAAUGGUCAUAUAUGGGCCGUUAAAGGGCUUUAAUAGGCGUUAAAUUGUUCAAACCAUAAUGCGGCCCAAUAAAAUUGCCGCGAAGCCGAUGGUUUAAAACGGUAGCCGAAGAAAACCGGGCGGCGAAAAAAUUCUGUUCCAUUGCUAUUUCCCGCUACUUCCAUUUUUCCCUCUUUGUUUACUUUUUUUUUUUUUUUCAUUUAUUUUUCUUAUCUCAUUUUCCUCUUAAAAACCAUGAGAUUGAUUCUUCACUUCGAUUCCAUUGGAUCUCAAUCUCAACAUCGAUCUCGAUCUCCCGCCUUUUUUCUGCCUCCUUCUGAUAACCUACAAUGCCUGCAAUCGCCGGACCUAGUUCUUCCCCUCAGAAACAUGUCGUCGGUUCUAGAUCGGAGAGUAUCGGAGGUGUUAGAUCCGCCGAAGUCAACACUUCUCGGAAACGGAAGUUGAUAUCCGAUUCGGCUGCGGAGGUUUCAGCGACGGUGGUGUUGCCUGUGAAUUCGAUAUCUACACCGAUGAAAUGGAAAUCGCCUCGUCGAUGUGCUGUUUCAAUCCCUAAGACCUCUGAUGAGGAGAUUAAGGAAGAUUCUAAUGAAAAAUUGGAAAAUCCAGUGAUAUCUGUUUGUUUAGAGGUUAAAUCAAAGUGGAACCCUAAAGAUGAUGAACAAAUGAAAGCUGUGAAGGAGGCAUUACAUGUAUCUAAGGCACCGUCAACUGUUGUUUGUCGUGAGGAUGAGCAAAGACGGGUUUUCGAGUUUGUUAAAGGUUGUAUGGAGCAGAAGAAGGCUGGUAGUUUGUAUAUAUGUGGGUGUCCUGGAACUGGAAAGUCACUAUCCAUGGAGAAAGUAAGACUACAAGCUGAAGAAUGGGCAAAGCAGGCAGGUUUGCAUUGUCCUGAAACAGUGUCUGUUAAUUGCACAUCACUGACAAAAAGUACAGAUAUUUUCUCCAAGAUACUUGGUAACUAUGAGUCCGGGAAGAAAGCUAAUGGUUCAUUUUCACCUCUACAACAACUUCAGAGAUUGUUUUCUCAAAAGCAACAACAAUCCAGAUCAAAGAUGAUGCUAAUAAUUGCAGAUGAAAUGGAUUACUUGAUCACAAGAGACCGAGGUGUCCUUCAUGAGCUUUUUAUGCUCACAACUUUGCCAUUGUCAAGGUGUAUACUUAUAGGUGUAGCAAAUGCAAUAGACCUUGCAGAUCGUUUCCUUCCAAAAUUGAAGUCUCUUAAUUGCAAACCUUUGGUUGUCACUUUCCGUGCCUAUUCUAAAGAUCAGAUCCUUAGGAUUCUGCAGGAGAGGCUUGUGGCACUUCCAUUUGUUGCAUUUCAGUCCAAUGCCUUGGAAAUAUGUGCAAGAAAAGUAUCAGCUGCAUCAGGAGACAUGAGAAAGGCUCUAUGUGUCUGCAGGAGCGCUCUAGAAAUCUUAGAAAUAGAAGUUAGAGGAUCAAUAGAUCAAGAACCAAAAGGUCCAGUUCCAGAGUGUCAAGUGGUCAAGAUGGAUCAUAUGAUAGCUGCAUUGUCCAAGACGUUUAAAUCUCCAAUAGUUGACACCAUCCAGUCUCUACCUCAACACCAACAAAUCAUAGUCUGUUCUGCUGCAAAGGCUUUUCGAGGGAGCAAAAAGGAUAGAACCAUUGCAGAGUUAAAUAAGCUAUACUUGGAAAUCUGUAAAUCUUCGAUGAUAACUCCAGCUGGAAUUACUGAGUUCAGUAAUAUGUGUACAGUGCUAAAUGAUCAGGGGAUUCUAAAACUUAGUCUUGCUCGAGACGAUAAACUAAAGAGAGUGAGCCUUAGAGUAGAUGAAGCAGACAUCACAUUUGCUCUUAAGGAGAUUCGAUUCUUCCGCAACUGUCUUCUAUGAUGAAGUUACUGAGUUAUAGUCUUAUAGAUGGGUUGGUUCCUUCAUUCUUUACAGAAUACAAAGAGUUAUAUAUAUAUAAAAAAAUCAGUACACAUAAAUUGUUUAUUCUGUCAUGUAAAUGCAGGAACAUAAACAAAAUAUAAUCUUUAUUAGUUUUUACUGGUUAGCGCAAAAGCUGAACUCAUAUUAUGUAAUUCUUCUCUUUUUGUACUAUUAGUCAUGCUCUCAAUGAAAUUAAUGCCAUCAAGUGAUUGUCCUUGACUCCUU